UUCAAAGACGCGGAGACUCUUUAAGUAGUGUCAAUAUUCAUGUACCUAUACCUACAACUCGCUACGAUUGACACUGACAAUAUCUAUUGACAUUUGACAGUUGACACUGAAAAGUGGCAAGUUUAUGCUUCAGGCAAGCCGUAAGGCACAGCUGACUAUUUAUUUGAAUUCUUUUAGGGAUAUCAAUCUAUUGAAUAUUUAUAUUUUCUAUUAUUUUUACUGUUAAGUAUAUUCCGUUGGUAAAAGAAGAAGUGAGAUCUUAUUUAAGGCAUUUUUGUUGUCAAUCUAUUAAAUUCUUUUUUACAGUGAAAGUUAUAAGUUGGUUUAUUGUUAUUUAUUGGUUGAAGUCAAGUCUUCAAAACUCUUUUGUAGGCUUCGGCGUCUAUAACCGGCGUUUAAGUAUAAUAGAAUGACCGAAAGAGAUUACGCCCCGUUAAGCAAUGCCUGUGUACGUGGACUUUGCGAUAAAAUUUAUGAAAAGAGAAAAUUUGCAGCAGUUGAGAUUGAAAAAAUGGUUAAGGAUUUUAGUGAUGCAAACAAUAGCAACCAAAUAAAGCGAUUGAUACGAGUACUUGGACAGGAUCUCAUGUCCUCUACAAAUCCUAAUGUCAAAAAUGGUGCCCUUCUGGGACUCUCAUCAGUAGCAGUGGCGUUAGGGAAGGGUUCAGUUGAAUACAUAGACGAACUGACACAUCCAAUAAUGGCUUGUCUCAGUGAGAGUGAGGCUAGAGUGCGCUACAUGGCCACGGAGGCGCUGUUUAAUGUCUUGAAAAUCGGGAGAGCCGCUGCUCUACCUAACUUUCCCAUUAUAUUUGACGCCCUGGCAAAACUGGCUGCUGAUCCCGAACCUCAAGUCAAGCAGGGGGCGGAGUUACUGGAUCGACUUGUGAAGGACAUCGUGACGGAGAGCGAGCAGUUCGACGUGGCGGCGUGCGUGCCGCUGCUGCGCGAGCGCCUGUACAGCCGCGGCGGCAGCGCGCGCCAGUUCGUGGUGUCGUGGGUGUGCGCUCUGGACGCGGCGCCGGCGCUGGGGCUGCGGCGCCACCUGCCGCACCUGCUGGACCCGCUGCUCACCAUCCUGGACGACCCGCACCCGGAGCUCCGCCGCAUGUGUGAAGUACAGUUGAACGAGUUUCUUCGAAGUAUAAAAAAGUCUCCGUCGCAAGUAGACUUCCAGGCGAUGAUCAACAUCCUCAUAACUCACGCUCAGUCCACCGAGGAGCUGCUUCAGUCGAGUGGGUGUGGUCGGUGCGUGUUGCAGCUGACGGCCAUCACGUGGAUGAAGGAGUUCCUGGCGCUCGCGGGCGCGCGCCUGCUGCCCUUCGCGUCGGGCAUCCUGCGGGCCGUGCUACCGUGUCUGGCGCACGCCGACGACUCCCGCAGGAAGAUUCGUGAAAUAGCGGCCACAGUUAACCUGCAGCUGACGAAGUUGAUCGGCUCCGACGUCACAGAAACUGCAGAUCUCAUCGAUCCCGCACACACUACACAAUCCGAACAAGAGAAUAACGAUAAGGACGCUUCGCCUCAAAACCAAAAGGAUACCGAGGGUGAUGCGGUCAUCCGUUCUACUGCGAGUGACAGUGGAGCCGAAGACGACAAGUUGAACCUAGCAGCAGUAGUGGAGGUGCUGACCCAGAUGUUGCUGCACAACUCUGUGCACACCAAAGUGGCGGCAUUGGACUGGAUCCUGCAUCUGUACAACAAGGUGCCCGGUGAGAUGUACCCGCUGACGGACGCGGUGUUCAGCCGGGCGAUGGGCGCGCUGUCGGACGGCACCGACGAGGUGGUGCUGGGAGCCAUCGCCGUGUUGGCCGAGAUCUGCUCGUGUCCCGCGGACGACGCCGCGGCCGCCGCGACCGCCGCGACCGACCGCGACCACGAUGAGCUGGAAUCAAACCCGUACUACUACAAGUUCCUGAAGGCGUUGCUGCGGCUGCUCGCGGCGGACGAUGCGCUGCUGGAGGACAGAGGCGCUUUCAUUAUCAGGGAGCUGUGUGUAGUGCUUCCGCCCGAGGCCGUGCUGCGCGCGCUGGCCCGCACGCUGGCGGGCGAGCGCGACGUGCGCUUCGCGGCGCGCCUCGUGGACGUGCUGUCGGCGCUGCUGUUGACGGCGCCCGAGCUGCACGCCACGCGCCGCCGUCUGCGCGCCUUCGACUCGCAGGGCACGCACGCGCUCUUCAAGUCGCUGUACUGGAGCUGGUGCCACAGCCCGGUAGCGCUCGUGGCGCUCUGUCUGCUCACCCACAACUACACGCACUGCAACAAACUCAUCGCCACAUUUGGUGAUUUAGAAAUUACAGUCGAUUUUCUGACAGAGGUCGAUAAGUUGGUUCAACUCAUCGAGUCACCAAUUUUCGCAUACCUGCGGCUGGAGCUGCUGUCGGGCGCGGAGAGCGCGGCGCUGCGAGGUGCGCUGUUCGGGCUGCUGAUGCUGCUGCCGCAGAGCUCGGCCUUCCACGCGCUGCGCCACCGCCUGCGAGCUGCGCCGCGGGACGCGCCGUGUCUGAUCCGAGGUCCACGGGUCUUGCUGAAUUUCGUCAAGCACAAUGUCUUGAGUAUUGAUAUUCGCUAGUCUUCCGGAGGUCGUACCACCAAUGCCACUGCCAGGUAUUCUGCCUUCCGAAUAACAUCAGUGGACUCUCACGUAUCCACGGUAAUCUGGAUGAUGCAUGCGCAUUAGGAUAUCUUUCUCUAUAAAGGGCUGCAGCAGCACUUGCGUUGCUCCUCCACUCACCAUAGAUGAAGUGCAUGUUGGCGUAUUCUUGUGCCGUAUAUUGAAUCCGAGGCAUUUUGAUUCACUGAAUCAGUCCAAAUACAAGCCAAGUCGUCGUAAAAUCAGCAAACAAAGUCCAAAUCAGUAAGCAAAACGAGUAGUCCAAUAAAUAGCCAGAAAUCGUCGUUAUAACACUGAUUCAAACUCACUCAGAAAUGCGAAAGGAAUGCACACAUGCGAUACCGAACAAGUCAAGAGACGCACUAAAUAACUAAACUAAGUAAAUGUCUUUGCUAUGUAUCUGAAACCGAUCCGAUAAUGACCAAACCGGUGUACCGAGCAAAAAAAGUCUUUUCUCUCACUCGCUCAUACGUUGGCGUACGGCAUGUUGCUCUUAAAUAUUUCUUUAAGCUUCCAGUACUAAUUCCAUAUUCACUGGGCUCUGCUCAAUCUCUUGCCUGUCGAAACUUAUUUGCUUGCCUAGGUAAUUGUAUUUAUCAGUGUAUUUGAAGAGGCUCGCUGUCGACGUAUAUUUGUACCUUGGUGUUGUUUGUCAUAACCAUACUUUUAUCUCUUGUCUUGACAAAUAUCUUUUGUAGUCUCUCUAUUCUAUCGACAUGCACUUUAUAGAAUGGAUGCCAAACAGUACAAGUACACAAAUUCUAAAUUGCUACGUACGUAGCUAUGAUAAAGCAACUUAUAAGUGAAGAUAUCCUUGAAAG